UCGAAUCCAGAGCUAUUAACUCCUCUCCGUUCGAUUGGCUCCUGCGUCUGCCAUCCAUGGCCAUCUUGAAUCACUCCGACGCCGCCUUCCCUGUAGCUGCUACUACGCCACUACUCGGCCGCCGCCCGCUGGACGCCGGCGAGUUCCGGCGCCAGGGACGGCAGGUCGUCGACUUCAUCGCGGACUACUACGCCGGCAUCAACGACUACCCCGUGCGCCCCGCCGUCGCUCCAGGCUUCCUCGCCGGGAAGCUCCCGGCGACGGCGCCGUCGACGCCGGAGCCCGACGCGCUCACCGCCGGGCUGCGCGACGUCCGCGAGCUCAUGCUCCCGGGGCUCACUCACUGGCAGAGCCCACGUCACUUCGCGCACUUCUCGGCGACGGCCAGCAACGUGGGCGCCCUCGGCGAGGCUCUCGCCGCCGGCCUCAACGUCAACCCUUUCACGUGGGAAGCCUCGCCGGCGGCCACCGAGCUGGAGGUCGUUGUCACUGACUGGCUCGGCAAGGCGCUGCACCUGCCGGAGAGGCUGCUGUUCGCCGGAGGCGGCGGCGGGACGUUGCUGGGGACGUCAUGCGAGGCCAUGCUUUGCACCAUCGUCGCCGCGAGGGACGAGAAGCUCGCCGAGAUCGGCGAGGAGAGGAUCGGCGACCUCGUCGUCUACUGCUCCGACCAGACUCACUUCUCGUUCCAGAAGGCCGCGCGCAUCGCCGGCAUUCGCCGUGGUAACUGCCGGGAGAUACCGACGUGCCGGGAGAGCGGCUUCGUUCUCACGGCGACGGCGCUGCAGGCCGCCGUGGCCGCGGACGAAGCGGCGGGGAGGGUCCCGCUGUUCCUGUGCGCGACGGUCGGGACCACGCCGACGGCGGCGGUGGACCCUCUGCGCGAGCUGUGCGCCGCCGUGGAGGGGCGCGGCGUGUGGGUGCACGUGGACGCGGCGUACGCCGGCGCCGCGUGCGUGUGCCCGGAGUUCCGCCACGCCAUCGCCGGCGCCGAGGCCGUGGACUCGUUCAGCACGAACCCGCACAAGUGGCUUCUCGCCAACAUGGACUGCUGCGCGCUGUGGGUGGCGCGGCCGGCGGCGCUCGUCGCCGCGCUCGGCACCGACGACGACGUGAUCCUCAAGGACGCGGCCGCGGCGGCGAGGCCCGCGAGGGGCGACCACCACCACCACGCCGCGGUGGACUACAAGGACUGGCAGGUCGCGCUGAGCCGCCGGUUCCGCGCGCUGAAGCUGUGGCUCGUCCUCCGCUGCCACGGAGUCGACGGCUUGCGCGCCGUCGUGCGCUCCCACGUCCGCAUGGCGGCCGCGCUCGAGCGCAUGGUGCGCGCCGACGCGCGGUUCGAGGUGCCCGUCCCGAGGCAGUUCGCGCUGGUCUGCUUCCGGCUGCGCGGCGGCGGCGCCGCCGCACAGCUCGUCGGCGGCGACGAGCUCACGGCCAGCAACGAGCUCAACAGGAGGCUCCUCGAGGCGGUGAACGCGACGGGGCGCGCGUACAUGAGCUCCGCCGUGGUGGGCGGCAUGUACGUGCUGCGCUGCGCCGUCGGCAACUCGCUCACCGAGGAGCACCACGUCCGGGAGGCGUGGAGCGUCGUGCAGGGGCAGGCCGCCGCCGUCUUGGCCACCGCCGGCGCCGCCGCUGACACUGCUCGUACCAAGGACCACGCCGCCGGCGACGACCAUGGCGCAGAUCAGCCGCACGCGAUGACGACGACGACGACGAUGGGAUGUCGCUCCGGUCCAUGGGAGCUGUGAACUGUGUAUCGAACACUCCGUUCUUACGCUGUGUAUUUCCUCUUGGGCAAGUAAAUUGGAUUACCUUUGGUUAGAGAGGACAGCUGGACAUGCCAGUUGUUUUUUCAAAAAAAAAAAUCGUAUUUGUUAGGCGAGUUUGACCGGACAAUUAAUUAUAAAUUAGUUUUUGAUGA